AUGAGAAGAGCUUCCUCCAAGCUUCUCCCUCACCUCAAAAAACAACACAGCAAACACCCCAAAAUCCCACCUUUGUCCGCCGAUUUUUCCACCUCCUCCGAACACUCUCUGCCGCGCCACCCGAAAUCCCAACAGAACAAACCAUUCUCCGAAACGCAACCUCCGCUCUAUCCCAACUUCGGAUUUCAUGGCUUCCGGCCCGGCCCGUCUCACAAUUUCAGCACCCUCGCAGGCCCAAUUGCCCAGAACGGGCCCCAGGUGCCGUCGAGGCAGCGGAAAGUCAUGGAAAGAGCAGAUCUCGAAGAGGCCUUCGAGUCCGCGGAGUCCAUCGAUGAAAUGCUCGAGGCCUUCAAAGCCAUGGAGACAGCUUUCGAAGAGAAGGAUUUAGGUUUGGCCUGUCUGAAAAUCGGUCUCAAGCUGGAUAAAGACGGUGAGGAUCCUGAAAAGGCUCUUUCAUUUGCUCAAAGAGCACUUAGAAUUUUCGAUGACUGUAAUGAUAGCAAUACCGACCGUGGCUCGAGUAAUAUGUUGUCUCUACCGAUUGCUAUGACUCUGCAGUUGUUGGGUUCUUCCAGCUUUAACCUCAAAAGGUUCAAUGACAGUUUAGGCUAUUUGAUUAGGGCCAAUAGGGUGUUGUCGAAGUGUGAGGCAGAAAGUUCUGUUUACAGGGACGAACAAAUUAUGCCUAUUCUGCACGCGGUUCAGCUGGAGCUUUUCAACGUGAAGACAGCCAUGGGCAGGAGAGAGGAAGCUAUCGUUCAUCUGAAAAAGUCGCUGGAGAUUAAAGAAAGAACCCUCGAUGAAGACAGUAAAGAGCUCGGUAAAGCCAAUCGGGAUAUGGCCGAGGCUUAUGUUGCCGUCUUGAAUUUCAAAGAGGCAUUGCCCUUUUGUCAGAAGGCUUUGGACAUACACACAGAACAUUUAGGACACAAUUCGGUAGAAGUUGCCUAUGAUAGAAGACUACUCGGGAUCAUAUACACCGGAUUAGAGGAUCACGAGAAGGCACUCGAGCAAAACCAGCUGUCAAGAAAGGUCCUGAAGAAGUGGGGACGCGACUCGGAUUUGCUCCGAGCAGAAAUCGAUGCUGCCAAUAUGCAGAUUGCUUUGGGCAGGCACGAAGAGGCCUUUAACACCUUGAAAGGUAUUGUGCAGCAGACUGAAAAGGAAAGCGAGGAUCGUGCUAUGGUAUUUGCGGCCAUGGCGAAAGCCCUUUGUAAUCAAGAGAACUUUCCGGAUGCUAAAAAGUGCCUGGAUAUCUCGUGCGGGAUUUACGAAAAGAAGAUAAGAACUUCCCCUGAUGUUGUGGCGGAAGCUUUUACUGAAAUCUCGACGCUUUACGAGACCAUGAACGAAUUCGAGACUGCAAUAUCUCUGUUGAGGAAAACGCUAGCAAUGCUCGAGAAGCUUCCUCAGGAGCAGCACUCGGUUGGGAGCGUGUUGGCUAGGAUCGGUUGGCUGCUUUUGUUGACAGGGAAAGUCGAGCAGGCCGUCUCAGUUCUGGAAGACGCUGCUGAAAGAUUGAAGGAGAGUUUCGGUUCGAACCAUUAUGGGGUGGGUUAUGUGUAUAAUAAUCUUGGGGCGGCUUAUUUGGAGCUGGACAGGCCACAGUCAGCAGCACAGGUAUUUGCAUAUGCGAAGGAGAUUAUGGAUGUUGCGCUUGGACCACAUCAUGUGGACUCAAUUGAAGCGUGUCAGAAUCUCUCGAAAGCUUAUGCGGCUAUGGGAAGCUACCCACUAGCGAUUAGCUUUCAAGAGGAUGCAGUUGAAGGUUUGGAGAGACAUGGACCAAGUGUACAAGAUGAGCUCGAUGAAGCUGUUCGAGUGCUGGGGCAACUAAAAGAGAAGGCUAGCGCCCAAGUUUCUGAAGCUCUUCUGAAAGAUUUCCCUAUACCCGAAGGCGAUGAACAUUUCGAGGCAAAGGAUUCAUCGGCUUUAGAAAGUAACGGUCCAAGUCCGCAAGACGAGCUCGUUGAAGCCAUUCGACUGCUGGAGCAUCUAAAAGAGAGAGAAGCUCGUAUGAAAGCUUUCACUGCACCCGAAAAAGACGAUGAAUAA